CUCCCGUCCUCCCCAGAGUGAUGUUCGCCGGGAAAGGAGAACCGGAGGUGGAAGGCGAAGGAUCAACCCUGCAGUCGUGCCCUUCCCCCCCCGCAUAACCGAGUGAGAGAAGUCCCCCGCCAAUCGCGAACCAGAGAUGUCUGAGGGAUCGGAGACUCCGUCGGAGGAGGAGAGGAGCAUCUUCCGCCCGUUCACGCGGGAUUCCCUGGCCGCCAUCGAGACGCGGAUCGACGAGGAGAUCGCGAAGAAGAAGGAGCUGCAGAAGAAGCGCGAGGAAGGCGUCAUCCGAGAGGAGGAGGAAGAGGACGGCCCCCAGCCGGACCCAGCCCUCGAGGCCGGGGCGUCGCUGCCCCUCCGCUGGGCCGUGGAAUUCCCCCCGGAUCUCCUGGCCACCCCCAUCGAGGACAUCGACUCCUACUACGCUAACCAGAGGGCUCAAAUAGACUUGUCUCCUGAGUCUUUAUCGUCGUCUUUUGAGUCUUUUUUUGGCUUCCGGGUGGCCUGCCGCUUAAUCUCGACCCGGGCGAUCUCGGGGAACGACACGGGGUCGAGAUCGGGAUCGACACCGGGUCGGGCUGACGGGAAAGGUGGUGGUCAGGUGAAGGUUUUGGUCAGGGAAAGGUGGUGGUCAGGGAAAGGUGGUGGUCAGGGAAAGGUGGUGGUCAGGGAAAGGUGGUGGUCAGGGAAAGGUGGUGGUCAGGGAAAGGUGGUGGUCAGGGAAAGGUGGUGGUCAGGGAAAGGUGGCGGUCAGGUGAAGGUGGCGGUCAGGCGAAAUGCAGUCACUGCAGCCCCCACCGCACCGCUGCAGCAAUCCCGAUGGGACCGGGUGGGGCAUGCUCCAUCUUGCAGUGCAAGCACGAUCCCAUUGGGAUUCUUCAUCUCUCUUGGACAGGGUCCUGAUGGGACUGCAAUGACGUUCGUGGUGGUGAGCAAAGGCAAGGACAUCUUCCGCUUCAGCGCCACAAACGCCCUGUGGAUCCUGAGUCCCUUCAACCCCAUCCGCAGAACCGCCCUAUAUGCCCUUGUCCAUCCGCUCUUCUCUGUGCUCAUCAUCACGACCAUCCUCGUGAACUGCAUCCUCAUGAUCAUGCCUCCGAAUCCGAGGAUCGAGUCCACCGAGUGAGUCUAC